AUAUCCCACAAUGCUCUGCUAAACUACUUCCUUUUUCCUUUCGGCCAUUUUCCGCCCUAGACGGGAAGUCGGCAGCCAUGGCCCCCAGCCGGAAUGGAAUGCUUCUGAACCCCCACUUCCACAAAGACUGGCAGAAAAGGGUGCGCACCUGGUUCAACCAGCCGGCCAGGAAGAUCCGCAGGCGAAAGGCCCGUCAGGCUAAGGCCCGUCGUAUUGCUCCCCGUCCUGUCGCUGGACCCUUGAGGCCACAGGUCAGGUGUCCCACUGUCAGGUACCACACCAAGGUUCGGGCUGGACGUGGCUUCACCCUGGAGGAACUGAAGGCCGCUGGAAUUCACAAAAAGACAGCCCGCACCAUUGGCAUCUCUGUUGAUCCUCGCCGCCGCAACAGAUCCACAGAAUCUCUGCAGGCCAACGUGCAGCGCUUAAAGGAGUACCGCUCCAAGCUCAUCCUUUUCCCCAGGAAGGCUUCUGCCCCCAAGAAGGGAGACAGCACUGAGGAGGAACUGAAGAUGGCCACACAGCUCACCGGUCCAGUCAUGCCCAUCAAAACUGUGUACAAGAAGGAGAAGGCCCGGGUGAUCUCUGAGGAUGAGAAGAACUUCAAGGCCUUCGCCAGCUUGCGUAUGGCCCGCGCCAAUGCUCGUCUUUUUGGCAUCCGUGCCAAGAGAGCCAAAGAGGCCGCCGAGCAGGACGUGGAGAAGAAGAAAUAAAAAUAUUAGGUGAUACAGAACUUUUCAAAAUAAAGUGUUCAAAAGAU